CCUGAAGCCUGAACUGGGCAGGUCCCAGCAAGCCAGGAAGGAGGCUGGCAGAGCUCCUUGCAGCAGACCAGACCAUCCAGCACAGCUUUUGCAAGGAUGAAGACAGACAGAGAGCCAGAACGCCCUGACUUAAUUCCCAUUCAAGGGAUCCCCCUGGUAAAAUACUUUGCUGAGGUCAUGGGCGAGGUGGAGGGGUUUCAAGCGCAUCCGGAUGACUUGCUGAUCUCCACGUACCCCAAGUCUGGAACCACCUGGAUCAGCGAAGUCAUAGACUUGAUCCGUAAAGAGGGUGAUGCGGAGCAAUGCAGGCAAAACCCCAUCUACAUGCGAAUCCCCUUCUUGGAGUUUGCUGUCCCUGAACUCCCCUCAGGCAUCGAGCUGCUCAGAAAUGUACCCCCUCCGCACGUGAUUAAAACCCACCUUCCUGUCCAAUUGCUCCCCAAAUCCUUCUGGGAAACAAAGUGCAAGAUAAUCUACGUGGCCAGGAAUGCCAAAGAUGUAGCCGUCUCAUAUUAUUUUUUUAACCAAAUGACUAAAGUACAACCACAUCCUGGAACAUGGAAUGAAUUCCUGGAAAAGUUUAUGGCUGGGGAUGUCCCUUAUGGAUCCUGGUACGACCACGUCAAAGGCUGGUGGGACAAGAGAAAAGAACAGAGGAUGCUCUACCUCUUCUAUGAAGACCUGAAAGAGGAUCCACAGCGGGAAAUCCGGAAAGUAAUGGAAUUCCUGCAGAGGCCCCCUGAUGCUCGCCUGGUGGAGAAGAUUGCACACCUCACUUCUUUCAAAGAGAUGCGUCAGAACAGCAUGACCAAUUACACAAGCAUCCCCACCGCACUUAUGGACCACAAGAUCUCCCCGUUCAUGAGGAAGGGAAUCACCGGUGACUGGAAGAACCAAUUCACAGUGGCUCAAAAUGAACGGUUUGACGCCAAUUACAAGAAGCAAAUGGAAGGAACAACCCUCCAAUUCCGGACAGAGAUCUGAGGACUUUGGCUUCCUUUGAGGCAGGAGGCCUCCAUGCGACGAGGCCUCUUUCCCACAAUGUUUUAAAACACUCUCCUAGCUUCAUUAACACCAAGACGGUGGUAGGUUCGGUUUAAGACUAAAUUCAUCCACGUGGGUUCCUUAUGGUUGACUAAAUCUUCAGGUAUACUUAGGAGUGGUGGUGACAAAUCGAAGCCAUGAUGCCUGGAUUCUCUCCCAUGUUCAAAUGCUUCUGAACACUCACAGUCUGUGUUUUCUCUCUCGCUAGCAACUCGUUCUUGCCUCUCCAUGCUGGUGAAGGAGUGCCACUUUCUCCAUUUCCUCUAGGAUUCCUCUCUUGGUGAUGAGAUAGUUCUCAUUUCCUUCUCUGGUCUCUAUCACUUUCAGCCAGCUAAACAGGGCGGCUCUUUUAUGAGGCAAGAUGAAGCAGUUGCCUCAGGCGGCAGAUUACUGGGACACGAGCAGGGUGGCAAGAUGCCCCCGACUGCUGCCGUCAGAGCAGCUCAUUGGGACCAAACGGACUCCUGCAAAGCUUACAAAAAGCCCAAGGAGAGAUGUGGAGGCUGCAGGCAACCUUCCCUCCUCCCUGCUCCCCUAGCCCUUUCAAAGCUUGCAAGGGCUGGUUUUGAAAGGAGCCUGGCCCUCACCAAGGGCAUAGGGAAAGGCAGCAUUUUCCCACUCACCUCAGACAUCGCAAUACUCUGGCCCACCCCUGCAGCCAAAGGUCUCCUCCUAGAAGGUAGACUCGAAGGGGCAGGGACCUGUCUGUGUUGCCUACUGUGACUCUUGAGAUGCUAGGUACAUUGAUGGCAUGGUGUAAGUGAUUAUGUUGUUGGAGAAACCAACCUUCAGGGUGAAUCACGAUGCCUUUGUAGUCUUUGCAGCACAUCCCAGUGCAAGGAAGCUGCUGUCAAGCUCUGAAGCCACUCAACUUCCUCUCCAAAUUUCCCCUAGUUUCUUAUCAAGAGCAAAUACUGACUCCUCUUCAGUGGCAAUUUAUGGCUGUGCAGCUGGUUUAACUCUUAAACUUGCCCUGUCAACAGAAGGGGAACAUGUUCGUGAACGUUCCAAGUUCCCUCCCUGGCCUCUCCAGGAUAAGGCUGAGAGAGAUUCCUGCCUGCAACCUUGGAGAAGCUGCUGCCAGUCUGUGUAGACAAUACUGAGCUAGAUGGCCCAAGGGUCUGACUCAGUAUAUGGCAGCUUCCUAUGUUCCUAUGUGUGUUACCAAAAGGAAGGCUGCAGUCCUAUGCACACUUCCUUGAGAGUAAAACCCAUAAAACUCAGUAGGACACUUCUGAGUAAAGAUGUGCAACGGACUGGCCCUGGAAUGCAUGCUCUCUCUAGCCCUGUUCAGACGACAUCUGUUCCAACAACUGUGCAGUGCACACAGCUCCAGAUCUCUACACAGGUACAAGUAUUCACAUUUUAUGUUGAACACAGGUACAGCAGCACACUUUCUGUACCCAGCAUUUGAGGGGGGCUAUAUCCAGGUUCACUUUUCAAAUGAACGCAGGUACAAGUCAUUCACACAAAAACAUGUAUGAGUGUACAGACACUCGCACAGCAUAAUGUCGGAAGAGCCCCCGCCCUCACUCUUGCUUUGUCUCUACAGAGCCUUUUGGAAGUUGACGCAGACCAGAAAGGCUCACUUAGUCUCUUAUGAAAUUUAGUAAAUGUAUUAUUUUUAGUACAAUUUUAGUAAAUACGUUUUGUAAGUCAUUUCGGGGGAAACAAACAGACAUGUCUAUAAAUGCCCCCAAAUGUUCAGGUUGGCAUUCUGCUCACAUAUCCAUUUCCAUUAAUAAAGGCACUUUUUCUUGUAGAA